AUGUGCUUUAGACCAGACGACAGCUCCUUCAUAGCCACAAAAACGGGUGGUGAUGGUCAUGACUCACAAGGCUGGAAGAAGCUGACCGGCAGCUUCCCCUCGGGGUCGCAGGUGCGGCGUGAUCUGGCAAAGUACGAGCAGCUGAUGGUGGACGAGCCGGGGGAGAUCCAGGACGAAGCCGGCUGGAAGCUGCUCGCUGGCGACGCGUUCAGGGCGCCCCCACACGCGCAGUGGCUUUGCGUCUACGUUGGCAGCGGCGUGCAGGUGCUGGGGUGCGCGUUUGUGACGCUCGUGCUGGCUACGCUGGGCUUCCUGUCGCCGGCCAGCCGCGGCGCGCUGCUGACGUCGACCGUGAUAAUCUACGUGGUGAUGUCAGCGCUCGCGGGCGCCGCGGCCGUUGCGCUUUGGGGCCAGAUCGAGCGCUCGUUUGAUGGCUGGUGGCGCGUGGCGCGCCACGUGGGCGUCUUCUACCCUGGCAUCCUGAUGGUCAUCUUCACGGUCCUGAACGUAUUCAUCAAGCACACCGGCUCCACCGGCGCCGUCCCUGCCGUGAUCUACUUCGCCAUCGCCGCAAUCUGGGCGGUGGUCGCGCUGCCCCUAACCCUGGUGGGCGGCUACCUGGCCACCAAGUCGGUGCAGAUCUUGGACCACCCGGUGAAGACCAACCAAAUCCCAAGGCAGAUCCCCGACGUGCCGCUUUUGGCCAGCCCGUGGCUGCUAUUCAUAGCGUCGGCCCCAGCCUGA